AUGGAAGUUAUGGAAAAUGCUACAAUUAUGACUAGAAUGAAUCUCUUUUAUUUUCUGGACAGUCUUUGUGUAAAAUCUAAAAAGGUUGAAUUUAACAAAUAUAUUGAAUAUAUUCAGCGUGAUUUGAAAAAGAUCGUUGUUGAUUACGUUUGUGAAAGGGAGGAUGGGUGUUUCAAUUUAGUUAAUACUUUAAAAGUUCUAAGUAAUUGGAAAGAAAAAAGCUAUUUUGAUGUCUCAGUUAUUGAAAGUGCAGAACGCGUUCUAUUAGACUGGAAGAAAGAGCCGAAUUACCCUUCGAAAUUAAAAUUAUCAAAGCAUGAUAUUUUGAAAAGAAUAGAAGAAGACCGAGAAAGGGCGAAACAUCUUCGAGAAGAUAUUUGGUGGGUGGACAAAAGCAUCCCGGAUGGUGAAGCUCUUAGCUUAUGGGAAGAAUGUUCAGAUCUAGACAAGAAUGAUUAUUUGGAAAUUUUGACAGAAAAUUUCAAAUACCAACCAGAUUAUCCGUGGCUAGAUGUAUAUAAAAAGGUAAAAUUAUGGAACGAAGAACAAAAGCAAUUAGAAGAAGAGGAAUUGAAGGUGCGUCUUGAGGAGGAAGAACAGGCACGACAAAAACUUGAGGAAGAACUUAAAGCUCAACAAAAAAUUGAGGAAGAAAGAGAGCGACAAUUACUUGAAGAAGAAAGAGAGCGACAAUUACUUGAAGAAGAAAGAGAACGACAAUUACUUGAAGAAGAAAGAGAGCGACAAUUACUUGAGGAAGAAUUAAAGGCUCAACAAAAAAUCGAGGAAGAAAAGGAGCGACAAUCAUGUGAGGAAGAAAAAACACAAGAAAGACUUGGAGAAUUAAAGGAGAAGCAACAAAUGGCAGAGGAAGAAGAGUUAAAAGAGGUGAUUUCACGACCGCAAGAGGAAUAUAAUAUAACCAACAUACAUGUCGCAGAGUCCGAUUAUCAUAUUCAUGGAUCAGUAGGAACAAAAAGACAGCACUGUCUCGACGAUAUUCUCAAUGAUAAUGCAAAUGAGAUCGAAAGAGUUUCUAAGAAAGCUCGCACGCAAGAUUAUCAUGAUGACGAUCUCUUAGAAGUUUCUGCGAACAAUUGCGACAAUAAGAAUCACUUCAAUGUUAAUGAAAAUAUAGAUUAUUUUUCUAGAAGCCAAGGAAUCGAUAGGAAGGGCCAUAUAUCACAAGACGAUAAUGAUAAACCGUUAGAACGAGAAAUUGCUGACGAUAAUCAGCAUAAUCACUCAAUAAACAAUAAUUUUGGUAAGAGUAUAAAUCCAAUUUCAACGUAUAGUAUUAUUGAUAAAGGCGAAGAAAAUUCUUUGGAAAACAAAAAUGAGGAUCAUAUAACUGAAAUCCAAAGGUCAAGGAUGCCGUUUGAUCCCGUACGAGAUGCCCAAAAUGUUGAUAUGAACCAAGAUGUGACAUAUUCAUAUAUGACAUCUAAUACGGUGCCAGAUGAUGAAAAUACUUACAAUCAGCAAUCAUUAUAUUCUAGACCGGUUGAAACAUUAGAAGUCAAUAAUAAUGCAGAAACUUUGGUUAACGAAGCAAUACAAUCAGAAGAGUGUCACAUUGAACAAAUUGCAGGUUCUCAUCUUAACCUUCUCAUGCAAGCGGUGGGUCUUUUAGAAGCAGGGGUAUCUUCGUUACCUGAAGAUUUGUAG